AUGCAUCUAGACAGAAAAUAUAAUGUCAGACAAAAAAAGAAGAAGCUGGAUUGGGAAAAAACAGAGAUUGGAUUGGAACAUAUUUAG